AUGGCUUCCUCCAGCAGUCUCCUGUCUAAAGAGCAGUUCCUGUGCUUUAUCUGUCUGGAUGUGUUCACUGAGCCAAUCACGACUUCAUGUGGACACAACUUCUGCAUGGCCUGUGUCAUAAAGUACUGGAAUAGCAAGGACCUGUGUCAAUGUCCAUUGUGUAAGGGGCAAUUCUCCAGGCAACUUGAGCUUCGUGUCAACACAACCUUCAGAGAGGUUGUAGAGAUGUUUAAAAGGAUGAGAGACAGAGGUAAAGAUGAGUCCCCUCCCAAACCUGGAAAAAAGCUCUGUGACGUCUGCACUGGGACGAAGCGCAAGGCCCUGAAGUCAUGCCAGGUGUGUCUGGCCUCUUACUGUGAGACUCACCUGGAGCCUCAUCAGAUAGCUCCAGCCUUCAAGCGACACAAACUGAUCGACCCUGUGGAGAACCUGGAAGACAGGAUCUGUAAGAAGCAUGACAGACUCCUGGAGCUGUUCUGUAGGACCGACCAGACAUGUGUGUGUCAGUUCUGCACUGAGUCAGACCACAAGACUCAUGACACAGUCCCUAUAGAGGAAGAGCGAUGCAGAGAGAAAGAUAGCAGAGUGAGUGCAGUUCUUCAGUACUCUGGUGAAAUCCAUUGAGAAAAGCCAGGCUGAGCUCGUUGAGGUGAUUGAGGAGAAGCAGAAAGCAGUAGAGAGGCAGGCUGAAGGGCUCUGAAGAGCUGGAGAAGUAAAUCACUGAGCUCAGUGUUCUCAGUGAUAUGUGUGUGGGGACUGUGAGGAGAAGCUUUGUCUUAGCUGGACACUGAAUAAAGAGAUGGAGAACCUGUCUCUGGACCCUGAUACAGCACAUCCCAGUCUGAUCCUGUCUGAAGACGGGAAACAAGUAAGAYKUGGARACACACCACAGAAUCUUCCUGA